UCCCAGCUGCUGCAAAGAAUGUUGUUCGUGGAAAGUACGGCGAUUUCAGUGAUGACCCACCAUUCAAUAUGAAAUUUGAAACCGUAGAGAUUAUUGGCAAUAAAUUGACCUUCCAGGGGUGGGUCGAUCGACCUUUACCUGAAACGAUAGAAAAUAUGGGAACAAAAUUUUUUUUGUACACGAAGAAAGAAGGCCUUGAGAAAGAAGAAGACCUUAAUGAUAAUGAUGCCAAUAAACUACAGUCUUCCAACUACGAUGGUACAAAGAAGACUUUUUUGAUAAUUCACGGCUGGAAAGAAAAACCAAUGAAACCUGGUUCAUGGCUUAUAGAAAUGAAAGAUGCUUUACUGGAAAAAGAAAAAGAUGCCAAUGUCAUUAUUGUCAGUUGGCAAGAGGGAGCAAACUUCGUCUUACCACAAGCCAUUGGCAAUACUCGUUUGGUUGGAGCAAUGGUAGCAGAGUUUAUCAAGUUUCUCAACGCACAAACCAAAACAAAGCUAGAUUUGUUCCACGUGAUCGGGUUCAGUUUGGGGGCACAGGUCGCAGGGUAUGCUGGGAAAAGGUUACAAACAGAAAAGAUUGGUCGUAUUACAGGACUUGACCCUGCUUCACCGGGCUUCCAAGGCAAGGCCACGGAUGUAAAACUUGCUGAGACUGAUGCCGUGUUCGUUGACGUCAUCCAUACGGAUUCUGAUAAGUUAGGCACCCCUGAUAAGAGUGGAAAGUUUGACUUCUGGCCAAAUGGCGGAAUAUCACAACCUGGAUGUAAAACCGAUGAUCAAUGGUGCUCGCAUACACGUGCUUAUAAAUACUUCAUCGCAUCCAUCAAAAUCAGCGAUUGUUAUCGCUUAAAAUCCGUGGAUAAUAGUCCAGAAAUGGGAUACAACGCCAUUAAGUACGAAGGUUUAGAUAAAAGGAACUUUUAUCUUUUCACAAAUGAUCAACCUCCAUAUUGCAUUAAAACUGAACCUGGACUGCCGCUACCAAAGCUAAAACGCAUGGUUACGCGUCCAAAGAGGGACACGUUGAAUUUGGAAGACAUGAAUGGUAAAAAGUCGCAUUUUAAGAAGAAGGGGCAGUUCGACAAUCUUUAAUGCAUAGAUAACAAGACCUUACAUCGAGGAGAAUAAUCCUAAUUUAAUUAUUAAUUAAUUAUUUUUGAUUAAACGUGAGUGUUAUGUAUCUAGUGAUUGAUGAGAUUAGGGUCGAUAAUCAAUGCUUAAUAAUAAUGAUUUGAUUGCAAAAUUACCAAGUAUUCUAAAUUAGAAUAUCAAAGAUCGUACUAUCUGCAAAAUUCACACUGAUGGUGGUGUAAGCAAGUCGAAAUGUCUACAAAUAAAGAGAUAAAAAUUUAA